UUAUUUUCACACACUAUUAUUAUCACAUACAAAUAUUUAUAACGUUAUGGAGAAAAACACUACAUCUCGAUCUUCUUACAAUCGUGGUAAUUUUCAAAGAUCAAAUUCAAUAUCUAGUCGAUUUUGUUCCUCUUCGAUUUCUUCACGUCCAAUGUCUAGUUUCUCAUCAGCAUCUAGAUCGACGUCGCCUACACGUAUAAAUAUACGCAAAAGUUGCAUUACUCCAACUUAUUUGGUCCAAUUUUCAUUGGAUCACUGUCACAAGGCUCCUGGCAGCUCAGUUGUCAAGAACAUAAGUGACCGUAAUAAUAAUAAUAGUAUUAUUAAUAGUAAUGGUAACAUAGUGUGGAGUCAUGGGUCAAGGAAAACAUGUUUAUGUUCACCUACAACACACCCUGGGUCUUUUCGAUGUAGUUUACAUAAGAACUCGAAUAAUGGUGCGAGGAAUUUGAAUGGAAGUAGUAAUGAAAAUAAUGAUUUAUCUAAUUAUCGGUCUCAUAGAUUGUAUGCAAGGAGAUCGGCUAUGACUAAUUCGCUUGUGAGGAUUGGUACCGUUGAAGGCGAUCUUGUGAAGAGAGCUCUGGCAUCUUUAAUUCGUCCGUCGUCUCAUCAGCAAAGACGACGGAACGAUUUUCAAAGGAGGCCUAGCCGGCUCUCCUUGAUGUCCAAAGCUGAAGAAUGACUUUGCUACAUGUAUAGUGUAUUAGUGUCAAGUUAGACGUUGAAGUUGUAUAUAAUAUAGGUUAGAAAUUUAGAAUUGCCAGUUUUGUUAGCUUAUGUUUCCUGUUUAUUAGAUGGGGAGUGAUAUUUAUACAACAAAAUUUAGCAAUCUACAACAAAAUUACAAACUGUAUUACGCAGUGUCUAACUAUAUAAUGCAGGAUUUGUUAUAGAUGGCUAUAGUAUAUAUUUACUUUGAUAUCUCACUAUGGAUUGGAU